AUGCUCAUUGCAUUUAUGUUGCGCAAUAUUUUGUCGUUGAAAUCGGGUGUGCAACCCCGAUGCGAGUGGAAUCGCUUCGUGUUCAGUAGCUUAGUAUCUGUUCAAAAUCAUGUGAAGGAAAAAUGUGGUUGGUAUCUGCUGAUUUGGCAAUUUGAGCCUCGCAACCUUGUUUCUUCAGGUAUCUACAACUUGGACGCUGGUGUUGGAGUCUAUGCUCCAGAUGCGGAGUCUUAUAAGACCUUCUCACCGCUGUUUGAUAAAAUCAUCGAGGAGUACCAUGGAUUCUCACCGAGCCAGAAGCAACCUCCUGUCGAUCUAGGAGAAGGCAAAAUAAAUGAGUUUCCUCCACUUGAUCCAAAAGGAAAAUACAUCAAAUCCACUCGAAUUCGCUGUGGACGAUCCCUCGCAGGCUAUCCGUUCAAUCCAUGUCUGACUAAGGAUAACUACCUGGAAAUGGAAAAGAAGGUUAAGAAUGCGUUCGAUUCCUUCACAGACCCGGACUUGAAAGGCAAGUAUUACCCGCUUGAUGGAAUGACAAAGGAGACGCAGGACAAAUUGAUCGCCGACCACUUCCUUUUCAAGGAAGGAGAUCGUCAUCUUCAAGCUGCGAAUGCUUGCAAUUUCUGGCCCAAGGGACGAGGAAUUUACCAUAACAACGACAAGACUUUCUUGAUAUGGGUAAAUGAGGAAGAUCAUAUGCGCAUCAUUUCCAUGCAGCAAGGCAGCGAUGUCGGACGGGUUCUUGAACGAUUAAUCAAGGGAAUUAAGAGCAUCGAGAGGGUUGUGCCGUUUUCACGUGAUGAACGUCUUGGAUGGCUUACAUUCUGUCCAACUAAUCUUGGCUCGACAGUUCGCGCAUCGGUUCACAUUAAAUUGCCGAAGCUUACUGCUAGGAAGAAAGAGUUCGAAGCUCUGUGCGAUAAAUUAAACUUGCAAGUACGUGGAAUUCACGGCGAACACUCUCAGUCCGAAGGCGGCGUUUACGACAUUUCGAAUAAAGCUCGGUUAGGCCUCUCCGAAUACCAGGCCGUUAAGCAAAUGUAUGACGGUGUGAAAGCUCUCAUCGCGGCUGAAGAGAAACUAUAG